UUCGUCUUUAAUGGACUUCUAUUUUUUGUUUCCCUUCAAAAAUAACGAGAGAGCAGAAAAAAGAAAAAUAAAGUUUGCAGGUGGAGAAGGAGAAGGAGAUGAUAUUAUGAUGAUCAUUCAUGCGCAACUUCUGCUCUAACCGUACAUUAACACCUAUAAACCCAUUAGAAAAAGAAACCAGCUUUUGUGUUUUCUUCUGUUCUCUGUCUCUCUGUUCUUGUUUAGUCAGGGAGGAGGAGGAAAAAAACGAAUCUUUAAAAAAGAGUUUGUCUUUGUUUUGUUCAUCAGUUUGUUUGUUAGGAUUAUUAUAUAUAAAGUGAGAAUGGCUGUUCAGGCUCAGCAACAACAGCAUUCAGAGAACCUAGGUAUUAGUUUUUGUGGUUCAUCAUCACAGGAAUGGAUAAUGGAGAAUAACAAUGCUUGUGGCGUUGGUGGUUUUGAUCAACAAUUAUAUCUUUCUCUUCAACAACAGCAACUGUUUCAGCAACAACAGCAACAGAUGAUGUUGCAGAAUCAACAGAGAAACUUUAGUAAUCAGAACAUGGGUUUUGAUUAUUGUGGUCAGCAACUAGUUUCUACUUCUAAUAAUAAUAACCAUGAUUCUUCUCUUCAUUCAUCAAUGGCGUUUACUCAAUCAUUACUCUCUCAAGUUGAGAAACAACAGAGGCAGGAAAUUGAUCGUUUUGUUGCAUUACAGAACGAGAGACUAAGAUUAGCCUUGCAUGAGCAGAGAAAGCAGCAGUUGGCCGUAAUGCUAGCAAGUUUAGAAUCUAAAGCAGUGAACUUAUUGCAACAAAAAAACGAUCAACUAUCAGAAGCCACAAAGAAGACAAUGGAACUUGAACAAUGUCUUAGAAAAGCAGAAAUGGAAAACCAAGUAUGGCAAAGAAUCGGUAAAGAAAACGAAGCAAUGGUUAUAGCUCUGCACAACACAUUGGACCAAGUUAAAGAAAAUGUCUAUUGCUAUUCAUCCGUAGCUGAAGAUGCCGGUUCAUGUUGUGAUAAUUACGAUGAUAAUAAUGUCCAUAAUAAUCCAGAACCAGAGCAAGUGGAUGAAAACAGUUUGAUGAUGAUGAACAAGAUAGUGUGCAAGGGAUGUAAUUCUCGAGAUUCGUGUAUUCUUUUAUUUCCUUGCAGGCAUCUCUGUUUGUGUAAGUCGUGUGACGCUUUUUCAAGUCAUUGCCCUGUCUGUAAAUGUGUAAAGAAUGGAAGCAUGGAGGUCUACAUGUCCAUGCCUUGAUGAUCAUCAUCAGAAAGAAAAUCAAAGUUUUUAGAUUUCAGAAAAAAAAAAUACUUUUAUCAGUGAUAUGGUAUUAAUAAUCUCUUUAAAACAACCCAUUUUCGAUUAACGAGUCCUGAAUUCUUGGGUAGAGGACUGAUAACACAUUAAGUUAUGGAGGAUUCUGAAACCAUAUCUUGGAGACUAGACAUUAUAGUAAAAAGAUACAUAAC